UAUUUAAACGCACCAGGCUUUGAAGUUUCUGUUUGGAGUCUAAGGCGUUUUCUUAAAAAAAUGGCUUCCAAGCUGUUUGAGAACUUCAAUACGACAAAUGAAACAAAUCCUUAUUUUGAACCGCACUUAAAUUUCGCUCAGCCUAUCUUACCAGACACCUGCAGCAAGAUCGGAACGUUGCCCGCAAAAGAGCGUUGUCGAUAUGCUAAAUCCGAAGUCUGUUCACAACAAAAUUACAUAUUUGCAUACACUACUUUCUUUUUUUGCGUUUUCGAUUCGAAUGAUCUAUCGCGAUAUGUCGGAUUUGGCCUUUUGACUGGCAUUUGUAUUCUUCAAUUUUGGGUGGUGGUCGUAACGGCGAAUCAGUUCUUUGUACCUGCUAUAACAGAAGUAAGCAAGGUCCUGAAAAUGAAUGAGUUUGUGGCUGGUGUGACCAUAUUGGCACUAGGAAAUGGAGUUUCCGACUAUGUUAUUUCUUUAGUAGGUAUUGAAGGUGAGACCCGUCAAAUAUACACGGAUUGUAUAACCGAGAGUCUAUUUGGCUGUGUUUUUAUGUCCUCGUUUGUGAUUUGGGUCUGUCCGUUCGCCAACGAACCCUACUAUUUCUUAAGAGAUGUUGGCUUCGUGCUAUUUUAUGUGCAAUAUGUGGAUUAUUGUAUGGAGGUCAAUGUUGGGAAUGUAAGCAUUUUAAUGGCGUUGUCUAUUGUGUGCGUCUAUCUUAUUUACAUUGUGGUGGUUAUUGUGGAUCAGUAUCUGCUGGUGCGGCAAAAAAACGAUUUGCGGAGCCGCAUGAUGUCGCGGGAGUCAACUGAUGACUCAAAUACGCAAGUUAGCCAUUUUGAAAAAAGAAACUUCUCCUUUGCACACUACAAGUCCAUGUGGGAUAUAACACUCAAUUACGAAUACCAAUCUCCAAAUAAAAAGCUCUGGAAGCAGCUUUUUGCAGUUCUGGAUACCCUGGAUCGGGAUGCCUUCUCCAAAUCGUCUCACAUAUUAAAGAUGUGGGCAUUGGCAAAGGUGAUACCACUGAUUGCUCUACGCUUGCUGAUACCGCCAGUUAACCUAAAGGAGAGAUGGUCAAAGCUAUUAUGUUCGCUGCAGUGUGUUAUUAUACCUUCUGUGAUUACCUUUGGGUUCACGUCAUGGGAAGUGCGGAUUUUUGGAAUUCCCGUGGUCGCAGUGGUGAUCAUUUUGUGCAUACCAGUGGCACUUUGGGCUUUCCACCAUUCGCGCACUGACGCCAUCCCCAGUUGGUACAAGUACAUGAUAUUUUUGAACAUACUUAGCAGUACUUUUGUUCUGUAUGUGACUGUGCGUGAAAUUGUUGCUACGGUGGAAACUCUGGGACUAGCACUACAUCGUAGCAACUCGUUUGUGGGCUCCACUUUCUUUACGUGGGGCACUGGUAUAGUCGACCUUUUGACUAAUAUGGAGAUGUCCCGCAAGGGAUUCCCAAGAAUGGCCUUUAGCGCGUGCAUCGGGGCGACCUCAUUAAGCAUUUGUGCUUCCAUUGGCGCCCCACUCCUAUACAAGUCCAUUGUUUCAAAAACAGGAUCCUCUGAAACCACUGAGGGCUCCAUUGGAAAAAAUUGCACGAUUAUCCUAAUCGUUUUUCUAGUUGUAUUUAUUAUCUAUGGUGUUACCACAAAUUUUAUGAUGCGACGUACUGCCGCUAUAAUGGGAAUGACACUAUAUGGACUAUUUGUAGUAUUUGCCGUUGCUAGUGAGUUCGACCUUCUCCAUGCUUGGGGAACGGAUCAUAGUCUAGAACGUAAUCGAUUUCAAGAGAACUACUUUGAUUAAUUUCAAUAUUCCGUGAACAUAUUUUUGUACUUUCGGGUCGACUAUCACCAUUAAUAUCACAGGUACUCCCUAUGUAAACUUUAAACUUUAUUUAAUACUCAGGAGAAUGAGGCCUGUA